GUCUGUAAACGUUCACCCUCUCGUGUUUAUUCAGGACAUGUACCUGAAUGCUGGUGGAGUGACUGUCUCCUACUUUGAGUGGCUGAAGAACCUGAACCAUGUCAGCUACGGUAGACUGACCUUCAAGUACGAGAGGGACUCCAACUACCACCUGCUCAUGUCCGUCCAGGAGAGUCUGGAGAGGAAGUUUGGGAAGCAUGGAGGAGCCAUCCCUGUGGUCCCUACCUCUGAGUUCCAGGCCAGGAUCGCUGGAGCUUCAGAGAAGGACAUUGUGCACUCAGGACUGGCCUACACCAUGGAGAGGUCUGCCAGGCAAAUCAUGCGCACCGCUAACAAGUACAACCUGGGCCUUGACCUGAGGACGGCAGCGUACGUCAACGCCAUCGAGAAGGUUUUCAAGGUGUACAACGAGGCUGGUGUUACCUUCACAUAGGCGGCUCCUCACCACCCCGCCCGCCUCCGUCUGUCUGUCCGUCCACCCGAGCAGACCCAGGCCCCCCCCGUCUCCAUACAACAAUCACACAACAUAUCAAGUGUUUACAUUUUACACAUGACCAUUUGCUUUACUCGUUGUAUAUGUAUAACCAGCAAAGCAAAACGCACAUUCUUUUGCGUUCUCAUGUCUUCAAGAGAACCCAUGUUCUAGCUUGCCUUAAAUACAGUAGGGCUGUUCUAUGAC